UGCAAAUGAUCUUGAUGUCCAAAGGUGUAACCUACUCAUCCCACCAACAAAACGAAUGUGCACUGCCAACUUGAUUGUCACAAAUCAUGAAGCCCAACACGUUUCCUGGCUGUCGCUCAAAAUCUAAUGCUUCUGAUAAAGAAAUUGAAUUGGAGUCAAACAUCAGUCAGCUUCUGUUUGACCGUGUCUUAUGUGAUGUUCCUUGCAGUGGGGAUGGAACCCUGCGCAAGGCUCCAGAUAUCUGGAGGAAAUGGAAUGUAGGAUUGGGCAAUGGGCUCCAUAGCCUGCAAGUUCAGAUAGCCAUGCGAGGUAUGUCUCUACUUAAAGUCGGUGGAAGAAUGGUUUACUCGACGUGCUCCAUGAAUCCAGUUGAGAAUGAGGCGGUGGUUUCUGAGAUUUUGCGCAAAUGUGGAGGAUCUGUUGAACUUGUUGAUGUCUCAAGUGAGAUUCCUCAGCUUAUUCGUCGGCCAGGUCUUAGAAGCUGGAAGAUACGUGACAAGGGUGUUUGGUUAGCUUCCUACAAGGAUGUCCCCAAAUAUCGCAGAACAGGGAUUAUUCCCAGCAUGUUUCCUUCUGGCAGGAGUGAUGUGGAUCCAACUGACAAUGGCCAUAAGCAGGAGAAUGGCACCAAUGGAAAUUCUGAAGAUGCACUUCAGCCAACAGAGGAUGCUAUGACUUCAGUUGAUGAUUUGGAUGUGGAGGUUUCUGAUCUUCCAUUAGAACGUUGCAUGAGGCUAGUACCUCAUGAUCAGAACUCUGGAGCCUUUUUCAUUGCUGUCAUCCAGAAAGUUUCCCUGCUGCCAGUAGUUCAGGAGAAAUCUACCACUCCACAAGGAAAUUUGGUCCCUAAAAAGGAUGAUGAGCCACGUAUAACAUUAUCAAAUCAAAUUCCUGAAGAUAAAAAUGGAAAGGUGGAGGUAGCAGAUGGUGCAAAUGAGAUGUGUCCAGAAGGCAUUUCAGAGGCUAAUUUAAUUGAUAAUGAAGAAGAGGGGGCUGCUUUGGAACCGGAUUCUUUUAAUGCAUGUGAAAACCAUGACACAGAGGAAACUGAAGUGCCUGUUGAUAAGGAAACUGGUUCUGGAAGAACCGGGGAGAAGAGGAAGUUACAGAUGCAAGGAAAAUGGAAAGGGGUUGACCCUGUUGUUUUCUUCAAAGACGAAACUAUUAUCAGUAGCAUACAGACAUUCUAUGGGAUUGAUGAGUCCUUUAUGCUCUAUGGCCAUCUUGUCACAAGAAAUAGUGAUGCUAACCAUGUGAAGAGAAUUUACUACGUUUCAAAGUCAGUGAAGGAUGUUCUUGAACUAAAUUUCCGAGUUGGGCAGCAACUUAAGAUAACUUCUGUUGGCCUGAAAAUGUUUGAGCGGCAAACAUCCAGAGAAGGGACCACUGCACCAUGUUCAUUUAGGAUAUCAUCUGAAGGGUUGCCAGUAAUUCUUCCAUACAUCACCAAGCAGAUCCUCUAUGCUACCCCAACCGACUUCAAGCAUCUAUUGCAAUAUAAAAAUAUCAAAUUUGCGGACUUUGUUGAUGCUGAGAUUGGUCAGAAGGCAUCAAAGCUAAUGAUGGGUUGCUGUGUGAUAGUACUAAAGAGAGGUGGCAAUGCUUUGCCAGAUCCUGUCCAAGUUGAUGAAUCAACAAUAGCCAUAGGAUGCUGGAAAGGCAGGGCCAGUUUGAGUGUGAUGGUUACAGCUAUUGACUGCCAGGAGCUGCUAGAAAGGCUUUUAAUGCGUAUUGAGACCGAGAAGGACAAGUCAAUGCAGGAAAACAAUGUUGAGACAGCUCAAGUACAGGAUCUGGAUAAUACUGGAAAGAAUGAAGGGACCGACUCUAUGGAAGUAGGUAUAAAUGGUUGAAAGUAACAACAAUUUUUAGUUACCAGACUCCCUACAUUGUACUUUAAAGCUUAUAUUGGUCUUUAUCUUAGCAAAACUUCUUGUCUUGGUUAUUACAAUUUUACCAUUACUGAUUCUAUUAAACAUGUAUGUGAUUGUGUAUUUUUGCCGCAGUGGCAAUUGCAAUUUUGAGAAUGAAGUAUUAGGAAAUUGCAGCUUCUUUGUAUGCUAUUUGGAUGGUAAAAGCAGCAUGAGUAAAUCGUGCUGGAGUGUGUAUAAGCUUUCGCCAGGAAACUGUUUUUGAAGCCACUGAUUAGAUGGAAAGAAGCCAAAGCCACAAUCUUGGUUAUUUCAAAUAUAAUUUACUGCAGUUUCUUCAUUACUUUUG